AUCGCACUUCCAUGCUUGAGACCCAAUAAGGAUAUGCGAGUUCAUGUUUUGUUAGUUCUCACAGAUUCGAUCAUCACCAGGAUUAUUGUGAAGCACAAGUGCUUCAGGAUGCAUCAAUUGUGGGAAAUAACAACACCACCAAUUCUAUCAGCUCAACUACAUCAUAUCUACCAUCAUCCUACAUGGGAGACAACUCGAUAGGAAACACUACCAAUAUCAACAACAAUAGCCUUAUUGGGUCAACUACGGCAUAUUUACCAAUUUCUGCCAUGGGAAGCAACAACAACAUCAACAACCUAAUAGACUCAUCUAUGUCACAUCUACAAACGUUCAACAGUCACAUAGGAUUCACUACACCACAUCUAGGUCCUCAGAUUUCCUCCAGCCAGAACCAGACCAGCCAGUCUCGGUUGUCUCCUAUAAUAACUGAGCAUGAGAGCCUUACGAAUGACCCAUCAUGGGGAUUAAACAUGGCAGGGAUUCCUUAUAAUAUCUCUUCUCUUUCAUCAACUCCACAAAACCAACAUGAAUUUCAGGAAAAAACUGGGAUGGGGUAUUACACAAAUCUAAUGAAUAUCGAAUAUAGCGAUGUGAACCCUGAGAAUACCAGCUUUAUGGGAGAUGUUAGCCAUUAUGGAAGUGUGGAAGGAUCGAACUUAUAUUCAGGUCCAGGCUCUUCCUCCAGUGAAUUUCAAGGGUUUAGCAUGCUUCCUAUUGGUACACCUAAUCUUGUUGCAAACAUGGAUAUGUAUGGCUCAACUUCUGGAAACAGCAACCCUUCUAACAUGGUGCAACCGUAUGCAAUGUCUUCCUCUAGUUAUGGUGGAUUUAUCAUCCCACAAGAGCAAAAUUCUCUCUUUGACAGCCAGCACUUCGGCAUUGCAGAAAACAGUGGAUUUCAUGAUCUCAUGAACUCAUUCCAUAAUCCGGUAACUGGCAGAGGCGUUGAAUCCUCUACUAUCAACGAGGAUUUUGGUAGUAGCUACAACCAAGGGAAUUACAGUGGUUAUGUCGAUGGUAGUGGAUACAUCAACUAUGGAGCUGAAAGAGAAGUUUGGAACUCCGGAACAUUAGGAGCAGUAGCCCCAGCAGAUGAAGAUCAGUACUGGAACCAACAUGGGUUUGGGUUUUGAAUGAUCCACUGGGUUCAUGUUAACCUUCAGUACUGUUGGAUUUCAUGGGUAGUAUGCAAGAAGAAUAAAGCAAGUGCGUAU